AUGGCAUAUGGUAACUAUGAUGCAUUGCAGAAACCACGUAUCUCAAACAUCAGUUGCGCAUCUCAUGAGUUCUCGGCAGCCUUCUCUGAGAAUAUGGGAGAGAAGAUGUGGCAGGUGAACACGCUGAUACUCAUCAAUGCUAUCUUUGCUGGAGUCAUCGUUGUCAUAGGUGCCUAUGCUCAGCGGUAUCGCCACCACCUGUUAGCGCGCUUCAUCUUUCUUGGAGCCACAACUUUGUUCUUGCCCAUCAUUUCUUAUGUUGUCUCCACCAUCGACACUAACACCAAUGAUUACAUCAGAGAAGGCAAGCAGCAUGAUUUCUCAACCUUAGCAGCGACGUGCCAUGGAGGCUUUCAUCAGUAUGCUGUUGUGUCUUGGGCAUUCCUGGUUCAGAUCGUCGUGGUUAAUACCAGUGUAGUAGUCGCCGUUGAUGAUAGAGAAGGUCGGAACAAAGGCCCCCCUAUCGGGCUGUUUGCCCAAGGGAUUUGGACCCUUUACCUGGGUGUGAGCACCAUGGGCCCGAUUGAGGACAAUAUGUGGCCAUUUCACCUUGAAUUCAUGCUUUUUACUAUCUUCUGUGCUAAGAUUGUGUUGAAGUUUUAUGCAUUUGUUAAGGCUCGGCAAUCCUUGGCAUUUGGGCGCAACCCUCCUCUUAUUUUUGGGUACAUGAAACAGCUACAGCUCCAAGAAGCAUCUCAACUUGGUGAACCGUUGGCAGGUGAGGACGAUGCACCUCCUGCUCCGCUCUUGGUUAUGGGAGAAGAGGCUAUGCAAGUGGAAAAGCAGCCACAUGGGUAUGUGUGCAUGGAUGUCUCAAGAACAACCAUAGUCAACAGCACCGGCCUAGUUACUUUUGACAAGGUUUGGCAGUUGGAUGACAUGCUUGCUAUAUCAAGACCACAGGUAAAAGACAUAUGUUUGUCAUUUGCAUUGUUCAAAUUGUUGCGGUGUCGAUUCGCAAGAUACAAGCUCGCUAAUGCUGGUUCUAUAAAGACCUUAAACUUUUUCUGGAGUUUGUUGCUGAAAGAGGGCGAGCAUGCAAGGAUAUUUCGGGUGAUUACAGAUGAGCUUUCCUUCGUCCAAGAUUAUCACUUCUCGUCACUUCCAGUCUCCUAUUCGAAAUAUUGGUUGCCCGUCUUGAGUGUCAGUAUCUCACUCUUGAGCAUUUGUUACUGUCUUGUGGCUGCAUCGUUCAUCAUCAAGGGGCUUCUAUUCCACUGGGAGCCCAAAUAUAAGCAUCAGAUGCGCUGUGACUAUUGGUGCAGUACUGAAAGGCAAUGGAUAAGCACCACGCAGUCCAAGCAUUUUGGCUUCUUCCUCUUUGAUGAUGUUCCUUUAUUUUUUCUUCUCGCAUUAGUUGUGAUUGCUGAAGUGAGGUACAUAGCAUCCUACAUUUAUUCUAACUGGACAAAGGUAGCCCUCAUCUGCCACUAUAUAAACCAUGCCUCUUUGCAGCAUUCUCUCUGCAUGCAGAAAUGGUUUGGCCUUCUGUUGAAACGCAAGUGCGAGAUGAUGAAGCAUUGGGACGAGAAAAUUGGCCAGAGCACAAUAUUGGUGGUUCACCCUAGAAUAACCCCACUUCUUGUUCUCAGACGUCUCCUGGGUCUCCCGGACCUAGAUAGGAGUGUGAAGAUACCAGAGGCAGUGAAGGUCUGCAUCAUCCGUACCAUGAGACGUUACCGCUUCAACGGGCGACAGUUAAGCAAUGGCAUAGAAUUUCUACGCCAGAGCGGAGUAGACGAAAGAUUCUCUUGGGCCUGCAGUAGCAACAGCACAUCUGUUACCAUACUAACAUGGCACAUCGCCACAUGCAUACAUGAGUUGAGGCACCCAUACCAUUAUCAGCACGGCCGAGAACAAGGCUUUCGGUACGAUCUGGUGGAUCACAAGAUUAUUGCUACUCACCUGUCACGAUAUUGUGCAUACCUGAUGGCCUGGUCUCCGGAGCUGCUUCCUGAUGAUAAAGAAUGGAGCAUGAGUCUGUAUGAGAUCAUCAAGAAGGAUGCUAAGCGUGCCCUCGCAGCCGCAGGGUGUACUGCAGGCGGAUCCUUGACACCGGAGGCCGAAUACGAGCAGGUUAUACAAUUGCUAAGUGUCAAUUCUUCGAUGCAUGACGUGCUCAGGAAUGGCAUGAUGCUCGGAAAGCAAUUGGUGGAGUUGAUCGAAGGUGAGGAAACGGCUUGGAUGGUGCUGGCUGGAUUCUGGUCAGAGAUGAUCCUAUACAUUGCUCCAUCUGACAAUGUUAGAGAUCAUUUGGAGGCCAUUGCUCGGGGCGGUGAGCUGAUAACACUCCUCUGGGCGUUGCUCACCCAUGCAGGGAUCAUGAGUCGGCCUGGCAUUGCUACUGCUGAUGAUGAUGGUGAUGUUUGA